AUGGGUGACGGACAAAGCGAAAACCAGCCUUUACUAAGAGAUGAUGAGGAGAAUGUCAGCACUAUCUCACCAAUUGGACCUGAUGAGCUACCUCCGCCGUAUCAGCAAGCAGGUUUGCCGAUGGUCACUUGCCGGGUGUGUCAAGCUAUGAUUGAUAUAUCUGGCAAAAGAGAACAGCAUGUUGUAAAAUGUUCUGAAUGUAAUGAAGCUACGCCAAUUCGAAAUGCACCACCGGGUAAGAAGUAUGUGCGUUGCCCCUGCAACUGCUUGCUAAUCUGCAAGUCAUCGUCGCAGCGCAUCGCAUGCCCACGACCUGAUUGCAAGAGGAUUAUUAACCUUGCACCUUCCCCGGUAACUCCCCCGGUUACUUUGCCUGGCAUGUGCAGGGUUAUCUGUGUGCAUUGCCAAGACACGUUUUUGUAUCAACUGUCAAAAAAAGAUCCAGUACGAUGUCCUCAUUGCCGAAAGGUGUCUUCGGUAGGUGCAAGGAUGUCUGGAAAGGGUAUGAAAUUCGCUGUUCUCGCCUUAAUAGUGUUGGCCAUAUCUUUGGGCGUAACCUUCGGAACAUUAUCGGCGGCUAAGAGCCACGGUGGCGGAGUCUACGUCGCUUACGUUGGAGCGUUUGUCCUGGCCCUCCUUCUAGGCAGUCGCGCCAUCUAUUAUUUCGCUAUGAAAGUAAGCCACAUCGAAGGACCCAUGUAG